UCCUCUCCGCAUCUCCACCUUCUCCAUUCCAGAGCUUCUCGUCGCAACCACCUUCCCAACCCAAAUCACAGAAACCUCAAGGCCACAAAAACCCUCGCCUCCACCGCCACCACGCCGCCAGCCAUGAAGGGCCCCGUGGAGGUCACCUUCCUCGACGGCGACGACGACAACCGCUGGUACUGGUGCCCCAGGAAGGAGCCCGUCCUCCGCAUCGGCGACGACCUCGCCCUCGUCGACGUCACCUUCCCCGUUGACGACAUGCACACCAAGCCGUGGUUCCGCGGGAUCGCCCCGCUGUACCGCGGCCACCGCCUCCGCGCGCCCCUCGUCGUCGGCCUCGUCGCGCUCCGCGGCCACGCGCCGCCCGACGGCUGGUGGUGCGCCAGACGCGCGCGGUGCCACCCGCGGGACGCCGGCAACCCUAUCCGCUGCGUCGCCAUCUGCGUCGGCGGCUCCCACACCCUCGUGUACCAGCCCGACUGCGACGAACGAAAGUACACCGGCGGCGUGCUGCCUUUCAGGCAGGUCAGCAGCAAGAUGGAGCGGCUCCGCGCGUUCCUGGCCAAUAGGCGCGUGACCAUAGCCUGCGUCGGCGCGCGCGAGGCGGCGAAGAAGCUGUCGGAGGAGUGGGAGGUGGACUUGGCGCGGCCGGCGGAGCUGACGGAUCUGUUCGUGCGCGCGUUCGGCAAGGUGGCCGGGGUGGACGCGGUGAAGCCGCCCAAGGAGCCGGAGCCGAACAGGCGGUGGAUGACCAUUUCGGCGCUCCUGAGGGCGGAGGCUAAGGACAAGGCCGGGGCGGCGGCGGCCGAGGACUACCACAGCUACAGCAAGCGCGGGAAGCGGCCGGUGGCGGAGGCGGUGAAGGGGCUGAGCCUGGAGCGCAUGGCGCACGUGGCACUCGGCCGGGAGAUGCGGCUGGCGCCGUGGCCGCCGGAGGUGAUUGACGCGGAGUGGGGCAGCUACUACCUGAAGAAGAGCCAGUGGAAGUACGCGGCGCGCGACGCCUACCUCUGCUUCGAGAUCGCCGCCCGCUGCCUCCAGAUGCUCGGCGCGCCCGUCGGCAACUGAUCGUACGUAUUCCCCCCAUUCACCAUGCGUCGUGUUCGUUGCUAGAUCGUCCUGUUCGUCACGAAGAAUCUGAUCCAUCUUACUAUCUUAGUAUCUUACUUACCGGAGAGAGUAGUCAGGUCUAAUGCAAUGCUUAGCUUAAUGAUGCGAGUUGAGUUAGCCUAGUCGGUGGAUUAACGCUAAUGCGGAUACGGGUAUAGCAAGUAUCAGUCGGUAUUACUUGGAUCGCAUUGAGGACUCGGAGAAUAUUUGACAUACGUGGUUGGUUUUGGUUGGUCUGACUGUUUGGGAUGCUGUUCUGAUUUGUUAUAUCUUGUGAA